AUCGAAUUAUAAGCUAUAUCUGCUAAACUUAGAUCUCUGAAAUUGGCUGACAACCUGGGUAGACUGUGAUCUCGCCAAUCCCUACUUUCUUAACCUCACGCUGGCUGAUGAAUGUAACCCGGCCAUGCAGCCCGAUAGCUGAGCUGAGCUGAACCCGUAAUCAACCACAGGAUAAUGCUAUAACAACGUCAUGCGGCUGAAUUUAUGGGUUUCAAGACAUUUGGCGAGCGGCAACGAACUCCCUAAUUUCCGCAACUUCAACAUAUACAAGUAUAACUUUCUAUUUUGAUGGAUAAGUCGUGAGCUUAUCCCCUAUACUUGGCGUCAGAUGGAUUGUCAGCUUGAAUUCGUUAAAAAUUUUAAUUAGCUCCAGGUGAGAAGUGAGAUAUGAGAUACGCAUAGAAACGGCGAAGGUAUCAUCCAGGAGAAAGGCGUAUUUAGGGAUUCGGGUGGCAUCUGAUCAUCUGCAGUUGCCUUCCAUUCUAAUAAUGGAAUUUACCACAUCGGUCGACACUUGAAUCGGCGUACUCGUCGAAUUUAUUUCUCAUAUACCCCUGAAAGUAACGAUAGGUAUCUAUUCAUGUCUGACUAAGUUAGGAAAUUUUGCCUUGAGCCCAUACUAUAUAACUCUACGAUCGGCAAAUCCCACCGGAACCAUCGUGCAUUCUUUUAUGACCAAGACUUGACUCUAUAUCUCUACCUCUAUUAGUGGGCAAUUAUCUGUCGUCAUGCCUAAUAGCACGCCCUCUCUAAGGGCUAUAGUGCUCCUUUGCACGGUCGGGGUAGCGACUGCAACCCGCGGCUACUAUCCACGCUUCGCCAAUUCCAGUAUACCCAUAACGGGUACAGUUUCAAUAUCCCACAGUUCGAGUUCAUCGAGGAGUGUGUCCACUGGUAGCCUCUCCUCCAGCGGAAGUCUCUCGAGUCAAAGCUCAUCUAUCUCCAUAAGUACAUCUAGUAGUACAUCUAGUAGUUCCUCUAGAAGUGCCUCUAGAAGUACCUCCGGAAGUACCUCUGGAAGUAUCUCUGGAAGUAUAUCGUCCCGAAGCUCUAUUACCGCAUCAACCAAUUCCCAAUCCCAAUCUACUCCUCCGAGUAAUUCCACCGGUCUCUCUUCUGGAAGCAUAUCUAGCAGUUCCUCCAGCAGUUCUCUCUCUAAAAGCACUUCCGGGACGACAUCCUCAAGCAUCACAUCGUCAGGGAAGUCUCAAUCGAGCAGCAAAUCUAGCAGCUCGAGCACGGCUUCUUCAACAAAACCAGUCAUAACAAUCAUAACGACGGACGGAACUACCAAGUCCUCGACUCUUCCACCCUCUAGCAUCACGCCACCUCCAACUAUCGUCAUAAAUUGGAGUUCGGUGACAACUUCCACCACAUCAGGGGUCUCAACAGCAACUCAUGACUCACAUGGCUGGCCUAUCAUUCCCGUGCUGCAUUGCUGGUUCUGUCCUCCAAUCGGAGGCGGCGGAGGUGGAGGUUUCGGCAUCGUGAUUCCCGGCGUCAAGGGUCCCGGCAUCUUACCUCCUCCCCCAGCCAAUGUCAUAUCCUCCCUAGGAUUUUCAGCAAACAUGCCAACCAUUACGCUGGAUUCGGCAGGAGAUCCCACUUACCCAACAGAAGAGCCCACUAGUUCGCCUACGGAUCACAGCUCUUCUGCUUCUUCCGCCUCUUCCAGUUCUCAUAGUUCUUCCCGUUCUUCCAGUUCUUCUCGAUCUUCUAGUUCUUCUACGAGCUCCUGUACCCGCACUGCCACUGGAUAUGACCUAUACGUCACUUGUACGUCUCUCACAGGAUCGGCGUUACUGAGCACUUCAGUCGGCUGCAAGACGUCCACGCGUACAACAACGGGAUGCGAAAUAACGACCACGGCUUCGACGACUACUGUGGCCGCCUGUCCGGUAAGCGCCUCAGCGAGCAUCAGUGCCGCGGAAGAAAGUGCGCGCGCAGCUGGUGGCGUAGUGGUUAGUGGAACAACAUAUCCACUUGCUUUCUGGCCGACAGAUUCUCUUGUCCCGAGUGGCUUCACUAUUUCGCAAUUUGGAAGUAUGUUCGAAAGUUCGGCCUCUAGUACUUCGAGUGCGGCUACUAGCAACACAAGUCUUCCAACUAGUACUUCGAAGACGGAAUCCAGGAGCUCGAGUACUCUGUCCAGUGUCUCCAGUGCGUCCACGAGUAAAUCGGUCUCUCCAUCUACUUUUUCGACCUCGGCGUCCAGGGGUUCUUCGUCCUCUACGACGAAGAAAACAUCGAUAUCUAGCUCGUCCACGCCGACUCCAAAAUCUUCGAGUGUCAAGACCACAUCCCAGGUUACGUCUCAAACUUCGGGCACUUCCACCACCAAGGACCCUGCUUCUACGUCUUCAACAGAGGCGGCACCGUCUCCGACUGCGUCCUGGUCCCUUGUUGCUUAUAGCGUAGACUGUGCCACUCAGGAAAAGUCCAGCGAUUUUACUUACUAUGACUUAGGAGGCUACGAGUCGCAGAGCCCCGACGAGACAUGUAUCAAGCUCCAGGGCGACCUACCACUGCAUUCCGACACCACGAACUCAUGCUCAUGGUUCGAGGAUGGCGGCUUCGUAGGCCCAUCUUCGUGCUCUGGCGCGAAUCUCAGCCAGCCGGCUUCUUUCUUCAUCCGCGGGGGAUUCUGCACCAUUUACAAGGGAACCGAUUGCACGGGAGACUGGAACGGGAUCGAUUCUGUUCUCUAUACCGGCUGUACUAGCGUCAAGGACGCCUUUGUGGAUCUAGGCGGUUGGGGCUCGAUAAACUGUUUUGCAUAUCCUUCCGAGAACGAGUAAGUAAUCGGGGAAUAUGGG